AUGCCAAGUGCCGGCAUUCGCGCCGGUCUGCAACUGCCUCUUUUCUAUGUGGCAGCAUGCAAAAAGGACGGCGCGCACAAGAUCGCACGGAUGGUGGCUCGUUCCCGCUCUGGUAUUAUUCGAAAGCUUUACGAUAGGAAUCUCGCUUCCCCGCGCGGGAAUUGGAUCACGGUCACUGCGCUCGGACCAUAUGGGCGCCCGGAAAACUUGCUCCGGUUUGGGACCGUUGUGUUAGUCGUAGAGGACGUUGGCUUUUUUCGAGCUCUCUCGUAUAUAGAGAUGCUAGUCAAGGCCAGUGUGCAACGGACAGCGCUGGUACGGAAACUGGAGAUUUUGUGGCAAGAUGACGCGGAAUCUAACUAUCCGCCAUGGGUGAAAGAGUGGAGGCAAGAGGUCCCGAGCCUAGAUCAUCCUACAUCUGGCGGAUUUGACGUGAUUACUGUGGCAGAGCCGACUCAAAUGAGGACCCUUCGACUUCAUAUCAGGAAGAAAAUCGACUUUGCUUCUACCGUGGGUCACUGA